AUGACUGUUAGCCAGAUUCAUAUGUCCUAUUUUAUCUGCGGACCAGUGUUUAUAGCAAUGGUCUUCAUAUAUUUAUACUACUGUUAUCUUAAUGUCCGCGAGUGUAGGAGAUCUCGGGGUCGGGAGGCCCGGUACCCUUCACUUGACGAUAUCUCUGAGGAACGAGUAGAAGUUUAUUGACAAAGCGAAAUUAAUUCAAUGUGAGUCACUGCACACAGAAAAAAACUCAAUCUUAAUGAAAAUUAGCGGUUAACUAAGACCCAGUCAUUCAGGUAAUUGAUUGAAAUCAUUUGAAAUGGAACAUCGUAAAUAUAUUAGUACAUUAAUCCUAAAAUGUAAGUACAUAAGAAACAGCAAUAAUAAGUACACGUUUAUCACCAAAAAAAAAGAACCAAAAUUUUGGGGUAUUUUUUGCUGUACAAGAAUGCGGCAAGUUUUCUUAUCUUUUAUUAAUAAGUAAUAAUAAUAUACUGUUAUAUUUGUUCAAAUGAUCUGGUUUUUCUUAAUUAUCAUAUCCAAAAUAGUUUUAAGUCCAACAUUUUUAAUUGUGUAGAUAAAAAUGAGAGACAUACCAGAAGCAUUCUAAAUUUUUUACUAUUAGUAUUUAUAUAAAGAAUUAGAAAAUAAUAUUAUUUAAAAAAUGUUUAAAAAAAUAUAUUUGGUAGAUAUUUAUAAUGUAUUGGCUGCCGGCUUUAUUAACUUAUUUGUGUAUUUAAUAUGUACUUUUGUAUCUUGAGCGGAACAAAUUUGUAAGUGUAAAAAAUAUAUAUAUAUAUUUUAUAUAAGCAAUAUAUUUUAGUUUCAGUCAGUUCAGCCCUUUGUUUUCAAAAGCUGUUAUGAAUAAUUUAGUUUGUAUUGCAAUACCAGUUUUUUUAUUUGUCUCCUUUUAAAGCGCUCCCAUAAAAAGAGUUGGGUGUUAUCUAUCCCGUGGCCCAGUAAUAAAAUAUUUGAUGAGUUCAUGGGAAGUACGAAGUACCUUUAAGUACAGCUAAAGGUAAGAACGUGAUGUCUGUGGGUGUAUGUUUGGUUAAGAGUUUCCGCUUGUUGUUGGUUGCUUACGACGGGUCAUAAAUUUAGCCAAAAACUUGGCGAUGCAUCUUCGCUGACGUUUCCUUUCACGACCUGCAAAAUUUAGAGGUGCACGGCGGUUUUGAUGGCCCUCAGUGGCAGAACGAGUUGCGCUAAUAAAUGACAUUUUCAUUCGCCUAACGGCUACGAAGUUGUCCCAGGUAAUAAGGAAAAUUAAAUUGAUUGAAUUAAAACGGCCAAAAGUUGAAAGUGAACUUUAUAAAGCUUAUGUUUAUGGAAAUUAGUUAUGAUAUGUUAUUUGAUAAUUGCGGUAUAUGAUUACUUAUAUUUUGAUAUUACAAUUUUUUUUUCUAAUAAGGGAAAUCAACAUUUUUUAAUUACCGUGUAUAAAAGCAACAAGGGGAAACGUAAAUACAGUCGAGCAAGCGAAUUCCAUUGAGAUAUUGUGGCAGACGACUUGUUGGUUUUGAAUACUCCGAAAAAAAUGUAUACAUUGUAGCAAUCUUGUAUACUAUAAUCUUGUAAUCCACAAAACAAUAUUACUUUGUUAUAAUCACUUUUCUAUUUUCUAUUUUUAGAAUAUUAUUCGGAAAAUAAAUUUGUUACAAUUAAUUAACUUCAUAAUUUUCAAUCUUCAAUAAAUAAAAUAUUUAUUUUUCGUUAUUCUCAAUCGAAGUUUUCAAUUUCAAUGCUGAAGUUGUCGUUUAAGUUUAACUCACACAAAAAUUAGUCAGCAACUUAUUCCCCUCAAAAUGUGAAAACCAAAUGCAAAUCCAAUUGAAUUAGUCAACUUUAUUUUCUCAUCAUUUUGGGUAACUUUUAAGCAAUAGCCAUGCAUAUAUAUUCUUUAUUAUGGGACCCAUUCAGCCAAUGACUGCUGCUGCUGAUGCUGCUGUCUCCCUUCUAGCCAAAUUGAAACGCUAAAAUAAUUUACGGCUCAACUGACCAGCUUCGGCUGCUCCUUCGGAUGCUGCAGCAGUGUCCUGCCGUCUCCUUGAUGGCUGGCACGUUAAAUGCCAUCGAAAUGCUCCCAGUUGGAAAAUUAGUUUAAAAAUACGUUCGUACGGCAAAGGAUGCCUUGGUACCCUGUGGCUGCUGCUCAUCUUUGUACCCUAGCACUGUAGCAAUGGUUAAUUAAGUUUUGGAAAUAUUUUAGUUUAGCUGCACUCUAAUUCAAAAUUUAUU